ACUUACUGAAUAUAAGUGUGGUAUAUGUAUUUUGUUUUAUGAUCUCUCUGCCCGACGCUUCAGAAUUUUGUGCAAUCUUUGGCGACCAAUUUGCCUGUAUAUUGCAUACACCAGUGUCCAUAUUUUUGUUUGGCUGAACUGGACACCUGAACCUGUGUCUGCAAGUAUUUUUUAUGCAGAAGGUUGCCGAAUCGACGGCCAAAUCUGAAAUUGGUUCAGACACUUCUGCCUGUGUCCAAGCAACACUGCUAGACACUCAUUUACAAAGAACUAACUGUACGGCCUCCCAUGAGGCAAGAAGUAGACAGCGUGAUGUCACCGAUACACAUACUAUCAGAAAGUGUUUUAUAUCAUGGGCGUGAUAAUCGUGGGUUGAUCAUGUGAUGAUACAUAGGUGUAUCUCAUAAAUCAAUAUAUUGCUUGCAGAAUUAUUUUAUUUCUUAAGAUGUGGAAUUUUGGUAUUGCCCCAAGGAAUGAAAUUUCCUGCUAAGUGAUUCAUUUUUCUGAGUAUAGAUGUUUACACAGGAAAAUAUGUUUAACCAUUUCAUUAGGUGUAGCAGAAAUGUGUUUUCCACGUCCAGUGUCUAAAAUGAACAAAUUCGACAGUAUGGCCUGAUAUUUGAAUUUAAAAGAAGUGGAACUCAAGUGAAAUGUUUGAAAAUGAUGUGGAACUAAACCUGAAAAAAUCUCAUUUCACAAACUUUCUGUCAAUCAACAAUAAACUGAUAACUAAUGCUCACAUUAAUCAUAGCCUUCCAUGUAGAAUUAUGUAUAGUGUCACUGCAAUCAAUGCAUAACUAAGUUUAUCUCAAAUACCUUGAUACAGUCUUGGCACGUAAAUGUCUUAUACCAUUUUUAAAUAAUAACUCAUUACCCAUGGCCCUACCUUGUGUCUUAGCAGGCUGAAUUUGUGUAUAUAUAGACCACCCAGCAUUUGUCCAGUCUACCCAUAGGCAAAGAAAGCAAGUUCAGCAAAAAUGGCAUCCACCCAAAGCAAGCAUAGCACUAAAGAUUUGCUCCAGGCUCAGGUUGACCUUUGGCACCAUGCAUUGGGAUUUGUCAAGUCCAUGGCACUCAAAUGUGCAAUGGAACUGCAAAUCCCUAACACCAUCCAACACCAUGGAGGGGCUAUGACCCCUUCUGAGUUAGCCAUAGCGAUCGGGCUCCAUCCGUCCAAGCUUCCCCGCUUACGACGACUCAUGCGUGUGCUCACCGUAUCGGGCAUCUUUGUUGUCCAUGAAUCAGCCUCCGCAGACAAGGAGGCUGUUUAUGGACUCACCCCAACCACAUGCCUCCUUGUUAGCGAUGAAGUUAAAUCAAACUUAUUUCCCAUUCUGUCUUUGAUGCUUGAUUCAACUGUCAUUACCCCUUUCUUUGGCAUGAAGUCAUGGUUCCUGGAUGAGCACUCUGCAUCCAUGUUCAAAAAGGCUCACGGCAUUACCUUUUGGGAGAUGGCUGACCAGGAUGAAACUUACAACCAGUUAAUCAAUGAUGCAAUGGUUUCUGAUAGUAACUUUCUCAUGGAUAUCAUCUUGAGGGAGUGCGGUGAUGUAUUUGUUGGCAUAACCUCGCUUAUUGAUGUCGCUGGAGGCCACGGCGGAGCUGCCAGGGCAAUUGCGAAGGCAUUCCCUCAAAUAAAAUGCACCGUGUUGGAUCUCCCUCACGUGGUUGCAGAUGCUCCUACUGAUGACCAUGUGCCAUUUAUUUCUGGCGAUAUGUUUGUGUACAUUCCACCCGCGAAUGCUCUUUUCCUGAAGUGGAUUUUUCAUGAUUGGGGCGAUGAAGAUUGUGUCAAGAUACUAAAGAAAUGCAAGGAAGCUAUCCCUCCCAGAGAUGCUGGUGGGAAGGUGAUAAUCGUUGAUAUGGUGGUUGGAUCUGGGCCAAAUGAGAUUGUUACAAGAGAGACACAGGUUUUCUUUGAUCUCUUUAUCAUGUAUCUGGAGGGAAUCGAGCGUGAGGAAUUCGAGUGGAAGAAGAUAUUUAUGGAAUCCGGGUUCAGUGAGUACAAAAUCAUAUCAGUGCUGGGCGUUAGAUCUGUUAUUGAGCUCUACCCUUGAACACUCAGUGCAAAAUUACGUGGUAAUCGGUAUUGUAUAUUCAAAAAACGGCAUGGCCAGCAUGUGUGCUGCCCUGUUGCAAGCCUGUGGCUUGGUGUGAUGAAUAAGUGUACUACAGUAUUGUAUUUUGCGAGGUGUGAGUCCUUGUGAUCAAUAAGUUAGCUGCUUUACUGCAACACAGAUAUGUGUAGAAUCUGUUCCAGUAGUGGUUGUAUG